UUGAAAGCAGCGGCCGGAAGUAGGUUGUGUGCAGCCGUGUGUUGCUAAUGCAGGGCUAGCUCUGAGGCUGCAGAUGAAGAACAGUUCCUGCUGCAAAAGAAGCGACAGCGGGUCUUUAGCACAGUUUGGCCCGCUUUAAUAAUCGUGUCGGUUUAACACGAACUGGGUCAGCUCACACACCCUGACACGGACACCCGGACACGGAGAGCUGGGGGCAGGAGUGGCGGUUCGCUCAGGUAUCCGGGUUCGUUAGCUUGUUGCGGGGCAGCGGGAUGGAUCUGUUCGACGAUCUGCCGGAACCGACUCAGACCUCCGGUCCUGCUCUAGCACCGCUCACAACUCCACCCCCAACCACCAGAGAAGAAGAGGAGGAGGAGAAAAGGUUGAAACGGAAACGAGAUGAAGCACACAGGGAGGAGGAGGAGGAGGAGGAGGUCAAGAAAGUUUGCAAAGAAGGCCUCCCAGUGCUCAGAGGAUACGUGGCGGCGAGGCGUGGCGAGCGUGAGGAGAUGCAGGACGCUCACGUGCUGCUGCCGGACAUGAGCGGCUGUCUGUCCACGCUGCCAGGAAACGUGUCCCGAGUUUCGUAUUUCGCCGUGUUCGACGGCCAUGGCGGCGCUCGAGCCUCUGGAUUCGCCGCUGAGAACCUCCAUCACACUCUCGCCAAGAAGUUCCCCACAGGAGAUGCUGAAAACGCAGACAAGCUGAUUAAGAGGUGUCUCCUGGACACGUUCAAGCAGACCGACGAAGACUUCCUGAAGAAGGCCUCGAGCCAGAAACCGGCGUGGAAGGACGGCUCCACGGCCACCUGCGUGCUGGUGGUGGACGACAUGGUGUACGUGGCCAACCUGGGAGACAGCAGGGCAGUCAUGUGUCGGAUGGAGGCGGCGGCAGACGGACAGAGGAGGUCGCUGACUCUGGCGCUCAGUAAGGAGCACAACCCGACCAUCUACGAGGAGAGGAUGAGGAUCCAGAGAGCCGGCGGCACCGUCAGGGAUGGCCGCGUGCUCGGUGUCCUGGAGGUGUCUCGCUCCAUCGGGGACGGUCAGUACAAACGCUGUGGCGUCAUUUCGACCCCUGACCUGAGGAGGUGUCAGCUCACGCCCAAUGACAGGUUCCUCAUCCUGGCCUGUGACGGCCUGUUCAAAGUGUUCUCAGCCGACGAAGCCGUGAAGUUCGUCCUCGGCGUCCUCCAGGACGGGAGCAAAGAGAAGGGGGCGGGGCAGAUGGAGGAGGAGCGGCGGUUCGAGGCCGCCUGUCAGCAGCUGGCAAGCGAGGCGGUCAGACGAGGCUGCGCUGACAACGUCACUGUGAUCCUGGUUUCUAUUGGCUACUGAACUCACCGUCCUCAUCUUUGUUUCUGUGUUCUUGCUGCUGUAACGUCCGCUUCUUUUACAAUAAAAAAAUUUAUUUUCCGUCUCCAUCAGCUGA